AUGGCGAGGGACGAUAGGAGGGGGAGAGAGAGGGAGGGGGCUAAACAUAACGAGAAGGAUGGAAAGGAUCGUGAUAGAGACAGAGAUAGAGAUAGAGACAGAGACAGAGAUAGAGAAAGAGAUAGGGAUAGAGACAGAGAAAGAGACAGAGAUAGAGACAGAGAUAGAGACAGGGAUAGGGAUAGAGAUAGAGGAGAUAGGGAUAGGGAAAGAGAAAGAGAGAAAGAAAGAGAAAGAGAAAGAGAUAAAGAACGUGAUAGAAUGAGAGACAAAGAGAGGGAAAGACAACAGCGUGAUAGAGAAAGAGAUAGAGAAAGAGAAAGAGAUAGAGAUAGAGAGAGGGAGAAGCAACGUGAGAGGGAGAGGGAGAGAGAGAGGGAAAGAGAGAGAGAAAGAGAGAGAGAAAGAGAGAGAGAAAGAGAACGUCGUAGUAUGGAUCGUUUCCGUCGUGACGGUCCUCCAUUUAGUCGUCGUUCGCGUAGUCGUGAUCGUGAUCGUGAUCGUGAUCGUGAUCGGGAUCGGGAUCGGGAUCGCGGUCCUCCAUUUCGUCGUAGUACAUGGCGUUCUGAGGGUCGUAAAGCAUAUAGAUUUGAUUCACCUCCUCGUAUGGAUGAAGGUGAAGAUGCAUUAGGUGGUGCAGCAGCAGCAGCAGCAGCAAGUGCAGCAGCAGCAUUUGCAUCUGUACCGGGUGCAGCAGCAGCAUUAAGUGGUGUAUUAGGUGGUGCAGCAGCAGCAACAGCAGGUACUGCAGCAUUAGCAGCAGGUGCAGGAUUAGCAGCAGGAGGAACUCCUGGUGCUGUACCAGGUUUAGGUGCAUUAUCAUUAGGUGGAGGAGGAAUAGCAUUAGGUGCAGGUGCAGGUGCAGCAGGUACACCAGCAGCAGCAGCUGCAGCUGCAGCAGCUGCAGCAGCUGCAGCAGGUGCACCAGGAGGAGCAACAACAGCAACAACAGGUUUAUUACAAUUAGAUCCAGCAGCAACAAAAGCAGCAAGAGAAUUAUAUAUAGGAAAUCUUCCCCCUAACGUAGAAGUACCACAACUCUUAGAAUUCUUGAAUGCAGCUAUGAGUGCGGUAGGCGGUGGAAUUCUUCCCGGCCCACCAGCAAUUAAGGCCUGGAGGAGCAGCGACGGGCACUACGCAUUUGUUGAAUUUCGAACUAUGGAGGAGGCAUCAAAUGCUAUGCAAUUAAAUGGACUUAGCUGUCUUGGAUUUAAUUUACGUAUAGGUAGACCUAAGACUUAUCCUAUGGAGUUACAACAUAUUGUUCCUCCUCCUACUAUACCUAUGCUUAAUCCUGCUGCUGCUGUUGCUAAUGCUAUUGUUCAUCAAAUACAACAACAACAACAAUCUCUUAUUAAUACUGAAUUACCUACUGUUGCUGUUAAUCCUAAGGCUGCAUUAGAGGCUGCACAGGCAGCAGCAAGGGCUACUAAUGGUAAUGAUGGUCCGCCACAAACGGACAAGUUAUGUGUGUUGGGUUUGCCACCAACAAUGGCGGAGGAGAAGAUCCGUCAACUUGUUGAGACAUUUGGUCCUCUUAAAUCCUUUGAUAUAUUAAGGAAGGAUACUGAUGAUUCACAGUUAGUAUGCGUAAUAGAGUAUAUAGAUGCGGAUUCACAGCAGCAAGCAAUGGAGAUAUUGCAUACAAAUUCUCCUUAUAGAGUAGUAACAGCAGAGCAUGCAAUAAAUGAAGGGGCUGUCUCUUCUUAUUUAAAGGAUAAAAUAUCUAUUGUUGGAUCUAAUGCUGCACCUCCUCUAUUAAGGACACAACUAGAGGAUGAUGAUGAAUACGCAGAGAUAGUAGAGGAUAUUAGAUUAGAGUGCGAAGAAUGUGGUGGUCAUGUUGUUGAUGUACAAGUUCCUCGUUUAUGUAAGGAUCCUUGUCUAGAUCCUCGUCAUAUACAUGAUGAGGAUAUAAAGGAAGAAGAAGGAGGAGGAGGAGGAGAAGGAGGAGAAGGAGGAAAUACAAUUAGACAGGUUAAGAGGGAAACAACGGAGGGAGAUACAACAACAGCAGAUGGUAGUAGCAGCAGUAAUAAGAAUGGUGCAGGGGUAAAAGGGGAAUCACCAGGAAGCAGCAGCAGCAACACUAACAGCAAUAAUAAUAAUAAUAAUAAUAAUAAUGAUGAUGAUGAGGAAAUAGUCACAGAAGAAAUGGUAUUAAAUGCUAUAGAAGGAAAGACAAAAGUUUUACCUCCUAUGAUUGGAUAUGCAUAUGUUGCAUUUGUUGAUUGCGAGGCUUCUGCUAAUGCAAGAAAGGCAUUAAAUGGUCGUAAAUUUGGUGGUCGUGUAGUAGAGGCACACUACUAUUCAGAGUUGAAUUUUUUGCGACGAAAUUUUUCAUCUCCGUCGCCAAAUUUUAAGAAAGGACAUUCAUAUCUUCAUUCUCCUCCAUUAGCUGCAAUUGUUAAUAAAUUAAAAGAAGAAAUAAAACAAGAUAAACAAUAA